CUCCCCGGCUCAGUCUCCUCCCCACGCGCCCCCUCUCCGCCGGGCUGGCCAGCGCCGCCGCGUCCCCGCCGCUGCCCCCCGCCCGCGCCCGCGCCCGAGCCCGAGCCGCCGCGUCGCCGCAGGCUGCCGCCUUGCCCCGAGCUCCCGGCGCGCUCGGCCCCGCUCGGCCCCGGCCCCGCGCGCGGACCAUGGAGUAGGCGGACGGCCCCGCGACGCGCUCCCGCAGCCCGCGAGGCCGGAGCAGCCCCGGUGGCCUCGCCCGCCGGCCGCGUUGGCCCGCGGCGGGUCCUCCUCCCGCCGGUCCUCCCCGCUCCUCCUCCUCGGCUGCCGCCGCCCCCGCCUCCCGGCCGCCCCCGCCGCCCCCGCCGCGCCGCCGCCCGAGGCCGAGCGCGGACGCCGAGCGUGGGAGCCAUGGAGCGCGAGGAGGACGGGGACCCCGAGCGCCGGGAGGCUGCGGCGCGGGCCGGCGGCGACAAGGAGGAGGAGGAGGAAGAGGAGGGACUGAGCGACAGCGACGACGAGGACGAAGACCGGGAGACCCGCGGCGGCCGCGAGGAGGAAGAAGAGGAGGCGGCGGCCGCCGGGCGGGAGCGCAGCGAGGACGCGCCGCCGCCGCCGCCGCCGAGCGCGGAGCUGCCUCCAGCCGCCGUGCCCGCCGCGGCCGCCCGCGACCGGAGCGGCCGCCGCCCGCCGGGGCCCCAGCCGGGGCCGCUGCCCUGCCGCCCGAAGAGGAUGCCGUCGCCCGACGAGGAGGAGCGCGAGCGUCGCCGGAGCCGCCGGAGGGACCUUCUGCUGAGCCAGAUAGGCUUCCUGGCCCUGGUGGCGCUGCUGCUCUGGUCGCUGUCGAGCAUGCAGGACCACGACGACCUUGACUUCAUGGACCUCAUCGGGCAAGACAGACAGUGGACCGUGGGUAGGAAGUUAAUGCAGGUGAAUGACUCGCUGACUUCAGAAGAUGCAGGGCCGCGGAGCAGCAAGAACUGCACUGAACCAGCCCUGCACGAGUUCCCCAAUGACAUCUUCACCAACGAGGACAGAAGACAGGGGGCGGUCGUCCUCCACGUGCUCUGUGCCAUGUACAUGUUCUAUGCGCUGGCGAUAGUGUGUGAUGACUUCUUUGUCCCCUCCUUGGAAAAGAUCUGUGAGCGCCUGCACCUCAGCGAGGAUGUGGCUGGGGCCACGUUCAUGGCAGCAGGCAGUUCAGCUCCAGAGCUGUUCACAUCGGUCAUAGGCGUCUUCAUCACCAAGGGUGACGUGGGAGUGGGGACCAUCGUGGGCUCCGCCGUGUUCAACAUCCUGUGCAUCAUCGGCGUCUGCGGGCUCUUCGCCGGGCAGGUUGUGGCUCUGUCCUCCUGGUGCCUGCUGAGGGACUCCAUUUACUACACGCUGUCCGUGGUCGCGCUCAUCGUGUUCAUUUAUGAUGAACAAGUUUCCUGGUGGGAGUCUUUGGUCCUCGUGCUGAUGUAUCUCAUCUACAUUGUCAUAAUGAAAUACAACGCCUGCAUACACCAGUGCUUCGAGAGGAGGACCAAGGGUGCAGGAAACAUGGUCAACGGCUUGGCCAACAACGCUGAAAUCGACGACAGCAGCAACUGCGACGCCACCGUGGUGCUACUCAAGAGAGCCAAUUUCCACCGCAAAGCGUCAGUGAUCAUGGUAGAUGAGCUGCUGUCAGCCUACCCACACCAGCUCUCUUUCUCUGAGGCUGGUCUUCGAAUCAUGAUCACCAGCCACUUUCCCCCCAAGACUCGACUCUCCAUGGCCAGUCGCAUGUUGAUCAAUGAGAGACAAAGACUGAUAAACAGCAGGGCUUAUGCCAAUGGGGAAUCCGAGGUGGCCAUCAAAAUCCCGAUUAAGCACACGGUGGAGAACGGGAUGGGGCCCAGCAGCGCCCUGGACAGAGGUGUGAACGGGACGCGGGGGGACGACGUUGUUGCUGAGGCUGGCAACGAGACGGAGAAUGAGAACGAGGACAACGAGAACGACGAGAACGAGGGCGAGGAAGACGAAGAGGAUGAGGAAGGGCCGUACACGCCGUUCGACCCCCCCUCUGGCAAACUGGAAACAGUGAAAUGGGCGUUCACCUGGCCCCUGAGCUUUGUCUUGUACUUCACUGUCCCCAACUGCAACAAGCCCCGCUGGGAGAAGUGGUUUAUGGUGACCUUCGCUUCCUCCACGCUGUGGAUCGCAGCCUUCUCCUACAUGAUGGUGUGGAUGGUCACGAUCAUCGGGUACACGCUGGGGAUUCCUGACGUCAUCAUGGGGAUCACCUUCCUGGCAGCCGGAACCAGCGUGCCCGACUGCAUGGCCAGCCUCAUUGUGGCCAGACAAGGCAUGGGGGAUAUGGCUGUGUCCAACUCUAUCGGGAGCAAUGUUUUUGACAUCCUCAUUGGCCUCGGGCUCCCCUGGGCCCUGCAGACCCUGGCUGUGGAUUACGGAUCCUAUGAAGGGCACAAAAUACCCGAUGCUGUCUCUGCCAGGGACCUGGCAACAGUCAGACCCCACAGUGAUGGCCCCCGCGCUCCUUCUCAAGGCUAAGCCGGCUGUGACUCCAGGUGGAUUUGCAGGUGGGUGACACGGGCGGUCCAGGUAGAUUUCAGGGCUCUUUCCCAGCUUCCCAAAGUGUCCCUCCUCUGCUCAUGGGCACUUCUCUCCCAGACACUGUCCAAAGAUGGAAGGAGAAACUACAGUUAGAGAUUUCUGUCUGUAUCUGGAAGAAAACAGUAUUAUUUAUGCCUCUGAAGUUUUCACACCCAACCCAGCGUUGGGUGCUACUCUAAAUGUGUUACUGAGCGUUGCUUCAGUCUAUCUGUGUAAUGUGUUGUCAGUAAGUGUAUUUUCUGAAGACAAUAUGGUGGCUCAUUUUAUCAGAUGAUGGUUGUCUCCGAGUUGCUUCACUCAUGGCUGUUUCAGGUAGGGAAGGUGUGUCCGGUGAUGAAAUUGAAAUCCAUGCAGAAAGGCCGCACGUUUUUGGUUCAUUUGAAGCUACCUGUUGGCAGAGAGUUUUCACCAAAGGGUAAAGAUAAGCACAAGAAGUUGGAAGGAAGCAGAACGUGUCCUAAGGAGCCGAGAUCUUUCCUCUGCUGUCUAUGAAAUUGCGGGAUGACGUGGUGAGAGAGGACGCAUUACAUUACCUCGGGGGGUCUGGGAAGGCUCCUUCCAAGAGGUGACUGUGAGUUAAAGUCUGAAUAACUAGAGAGAGACAACCAUGGCAAAAUUGGGGCAGGGCAGAGCAAAAGCAUUGCAGGCAGAAGGAACAGCCCGUGCAAAGGCCCUGAGGCAACAGUGCACUUGGCCUGUUGGAGAGAAGGAAGGGAUUCAGGGUAAGUGGAGCAGAGUGAGCCUGGGGGCUCGUGGCCUGAGAUGCACUUGUGGGACAGGCAGGCCCAGAUCAUGUGGGUGCUCGUUUGACAGUUAAUAAAAAAUGACAACAUUCAAACUGACGUGACAUAUGGAUUUACAAAAUGAUGUUUUUGAUGACUUUUAUGAGAGAUUCAGCAGCACGAGUUUUUUUUUUAACUGUGUUUUAACUGAUCUUUCUUUAAUUACCAGAGAGACUGCGUAUUCUUUGUUACAUGUAUUGGCCUUUUGGGUUCUUCUUUAGGAUAAUUAUCUCUUUAUGUGCUUUACCCAAUUUUCCAUUAGAGGUUACUGUGUUUUUUGUGGGUGAGUUGAUUCUUUUUUCAUUUUUUUCCCUUAAUAAUUUUUUAAAAAUUUAUUUUAUUGAAGUAGAGUUGAUUUACAAUGUUCUGUUAGUUUCUAGUGUACAGCAAAGUGAUUCGGUUGUACCUAUAUAUACAUUCUUUUUCAUGUUCUUUUCCAUCACGGUUUAUCACAGGAUAUUGAAUAUAGUUACCUGUGCUAUACAUUAGGACCUUGUUGUUUAUCCAUCCUAUAUAUAAUAGCUUGUAUCUGCUCAUCCCAAACUCCCACUCCAUCCCAACCCCAUUCUCCCUCCGCCUUGGCAACCACAAGUCUGUCCUCUAUGUCUGUGAGUCUGUUUCUGUUUCAUAGAUAUGUUCAUUUGUGUUGUAUUUUAGAUUCCACAUAUAAAUGGUAUCAUAUGGUAUUUGUCUUUCUCUGUCUGACUUACUUCGCUUAGUAUGAUGGUCUCCAGGUCCAUCCAUGUUGCUGCAAAUGGCAUUAUUUCAUUCUUUUUAGUGGCUGAGUAAUAUUUCAUUGUAUGUAUGUACCACAUCUUCUUAUCCAUUCAUCUGUUGAUGGACAAAUGUCCAUUGGGUUACUUUCAUGUUUUGUCUAUUGUAAAUAGUGCUGCAUGAACAUAGGGGUGCAUGUAUCUUUUUGAAUUAGAGUUUUGUCUGGGUAUAUGCCCAGGAGUGAGUUUUAAUCCUGGGUCCUAAGCCCAGGAAGAAGGACCACUUAGCCUAGGCUGACUGUAAGGUAAACAGAUGCUCACCAGAGGCCAGCCCUUCAAUGGUCCCACAUCAGUGCUCCCAAAACACCAUGCCCCCCCGACCAUCUGCUGUCUCAGAUAUUGCACAGAGCUAUGCUAGCACCCUUUAGACUCACAGCCCCUGAAGGUGCCCUGCACUUCCCCUGCUGGAGUCUUUCCUCCUGCAGACCUUGACUCAGAUGCACAUACUCCCCGUCACUCUUCCCACUUGAAAUGAUGUUCCUCCCUCCAGGUCUGUCGCAAAUGCCACUUCAUUCAGGACUCCUCCCUGGACCCCACCACCCCCCACCACCGCCAAAUGGGAUCUCUCUCCACAGCCUUUAUUUCUGCCUCACUCACGGCUCAUCCUAAAUCUGUGAACUUGCUUCAUCUUAUCACAUGUUAAGUGGCAUGUAAGAGAGACACUGAAGAAAUGUCAUGCAGGUUGACACCUGCAGGAGCAUCAACCAUUGGGUGGUCACAGAAUUCCAGAUAAUCUUCCCAAGAUUCCUAAGAGUGCCAUUGUUGUCAGUCAGAAUCUGAUGAAUGGACUCACAUCAACCAAAUUCACGAGAGUUUGAUGUAUAUGCUAGAAUGCCAGCAGAUGGUACUAACAUACCCAAGUGCCAGAUAGAAAGCAUACUUAUUCCCGAUGACUUGCGCUCUGUUUUCCUGGAGAAAGAUCUUAUGGGGGAGGUAUCUGGGGAGCCCCAUGACCACCUUCAAGUUCACUGACUCACCAGGAGUACUCAUGGGACUCAACAGCAGGUCAUAGUCACAGCUAAGGUUUAUUAGAGCAAAGGGUUUAGAGUAAAAGCCACAGGCAAAUAAGAUGCAUCAGGAGAAGUCCAGAGAGGUCAGGUGCAGGCUUCCAAGUCCUGCCUCACUACAGCACCACGUGCAGGAGAUGGAGUCUGAGGCUCUCUGGAGGGCUGGUCAGGUAGACACACUCCUGCAACAUGUACAGCCGUGAUCACAAAACUCAGAUUCCCAGCACAGACACCAGGUGCACAUCAUAAAGCUUGCCGAACAUCCUGCCAAGCUGGUCCAGUGUGCCCCGUCGCUUCCAGUGUACACACCAACAUCAUCAGUCAGUGACAUGAAGAACAUUCCAAGGGCCACGUUCCCAUCGGCCUGAGAGUUCUAGGCUCCGCUGGAGGCAAGCAGGAUUGAAUAACCAGAACUGUUGCAUUGAUACCUUCCCCACGGAAGGUCAAGUUAGAAUUUUAUUUCUCAGAAUAAGCAUUGCUACUACUCUAUUACAAAUAACCACAGAAUCUCUCUGGGGUAGCCCAACGAAGGUUUAUUUCUUGCUCAAAAUCUGCUGCAGUUGUUUCUAUCCUGGCAGCUCCCGUGGACGCUUCAAGCAGAAACUCAGGGAUUGAGGUUUAUUCCAUCAGGUGGUUCUACCAUCUUGGAGUCCUUCUCCAGCGGCCACUCAGAAAGCCGAGAGGGCAAGGGCACGGAAGAUGGCGCAGAUCGGUUUUGGAUGAGGCCUGGAAGUGGUCCAUGUCCUGGUUGCCCCUACCCACUGUCCAGAUAAGUCAUACGUUCCCGUCUGGCUAUAAGGGAGCUCCAGGUCACUAGUUGAGCUGUGUACCCAGGAAGGAGUGGAGACGCGGGUGAGUCCUGCAGUCCAGGGUGUCCGGUUGAGAGUGGAGUCCAAACAGAAAGGAUUUGCUGGAUAACCUUCUGCUGGGGCUGCUGGGCUGCUGCCGUCCGAGUGUCCACCCACAUCGUAGGGCCUGUCUCUCUGCCGCCCCGAGCUGCCCCCUCCACUCCAGCCAUGCUGAGUGCACUGACUAACCCUGCCUCUGAGCUCCUUUUCCUGGGUCCCGUGUGGACCACCUCCCUUCUGGUUAACACAUCUUUUCUGUACUUAAUCUGAGAACCAUAUUUUCCACAGUGUUGACACUCUCAUUAAAGCCUCGCUGCUUCCUUUCAGUGCAAGUCACCUUGAUUCUGUUUUGCCAUACCUAAAAUAAUCUCUCGGGUUUUUCCUACAGUCCACGAAUCUGAACUUUACUUUUUUCUCUGUUUAUAAAAAUAGCUCAUGGUCUUCAUAGAAAAUUAGAGAAACUUUAAUUAGAGAAAUUCUAAUUAGAGAAAACUCUAGAGCAGUACCUGCCCAAUAGAACUCUCUGCGGUGAUGAAAAUGUUCUAGCCAUACUGUGGGAUAUAGUAGCCACUAGCCCCAUGAGACAUUUAAGCACUUGAAGUAUGGCUGGAACAAGUGAGGGCCUGAAUUUUUUCAUUUUUAUUUUAUUUUAAUGAAUUUAAAUUUGUAUAGCUACAUGACUUGUGGCUGCCCAUGAGACACUGCAGCUUUAGAGGAUGAAAUAAAAAUCAUAUAGUCCCAUCCAGAGAUAUCAACUGUUAACAUUUCUGCAUAGUUUUCUCUUUCUAGGCUGGUUGACAUAGCUGAUGUCACGCUACACAAUUUUGCACAUUGCUUUUUAAAAUACUUCUUACACACAGCAAACAUAUUUUCCUUAAAAAUCUCAUUAAAGGGCUUCCCUGGUGGCGCAGUGGUUGAGAGUCUGCCUGCCGAUGCAGGGGACGCGGGUUCGUGCCCCGGUCCGGGAAGAUCCCACAUGCCGGGGAGCGGCUGGGCCCGUGAGCCAUGGCCGCUGAGCCUGUGCGUCCGGAGCCUGUGCUCCGCAACGGGAGAGGCCACAACAGUGAGAGGCCCGCGUACCGCAA